AUGAGCUUUGAUCCAUUUUCUCCAAAAUCCUUUCCCUCAUCUUCAUUACUAUCGUUUCCUACCGCUUUUAACCCGAACUCAAUACCUUCAUAUUACCAUCAGGCCGAUUUUGACGAUGGUGAUGAGGCUUUGUCUCCUGUUCCCUCGGCUGCCGAUGACCAUCUCGAUGGGAGCGGUGCUGGGAGUGGUAGCAAGUCAGGUGCCAAUAAAUCGGGUCGCAAGAAGUCCACAACCAACUCUCAGGCCGCUCGGAGAGACCAAAAUCGAAUUGCACAGCGUGAAUUUCGGCUCCGCAAACAGCAGCGUAUACGAGAUCUCGAGGCUCGAGUGGAGAUUUUGUCUGAGGGACAAGAUGAGGCCUAUGCCCAACUCCGAGAUGUUAUUCGUGAUCUUAUGGACGAGAAUACUGCUCUGCGGGGCGAAGGUCUGGGUGGAACUUUGAAACCACGUACCGGUUGGGAUCCAAACAAAUUUCGGGAGUUUUCAACGGGAGCUCAAGGGUCUGGAAUGGUUGGCAGCGAACACGCGGACGAUGAUCUCGACGAUCCCUCCGGUUCACGAAAGCGUCGACGCAGCACUCGUAAGGACUCUGAACUUGACGCACCAUUUGGCCCUAGUCCUCUAGGAGCAAGCGACAGUGAUAAAGUCCCCUCUGAUAUCUCACUGCCUCGGCCUCACCUAGACGGGCUCGAUAUUGACUGGGGCAGGACCGGUCUCACUAUUCCUCAGUCUAACCCGAACGCACGAUCGCGCAAAGACUUGGAGCGUCCUCCGUCAACUUCGAGCGGAACCACCAACCCAACCUCGUUCACCGACAGCUUUUCCUCAAGUUUCGCAAGUGGAAACACUACAUACCCUGGACCAACUCAGACGACAAACAGACAUUCACCAACCACUGCACCAGGAGGGACUGGUGGGAUAAACCCAAGUCCGGGAGGAGGAAGCAUGUCAUCCUUCUCGGCCAUCUCCCCACAGAUGUCGUCCACGCGUACGCGAGUUAGGCCUUCUAUAGACACCACUCACGGUGCUGACAUUAUUCCUCCGCUCCCUUCCAUCUCGACGCUCGGCCCGCCUCCACUCGAUGUGGGAUCUGGCGGACUCUCUGUAGGCAUUGGUGUGGGCGUAGGCGUAAACAUUGGCGGAUCAGGACAAGCAGGUUCACUUUUCCAGCCACCUGCGACCGCAUAUGGUGUACCCCCUCAACUUGCAGCGUACGGUCCAACUACAAGUGUGGGCGCUGGGCGCCCGAUGUCUGCAGGUGGCCCUCCAUCGUCAAUGUACUACACGCUCCAUCCUGGCGGUGCGAGUGGCACGGGUGGGGCCGACUCUCAGACAUUAAAUCCUCCACCUCCUGUGGCAGAUGAUUUCGGUGAAGCUGAUCCACAGCUGAGAGAGGCCGGCGCAUUAAUCAAGUACCAUAUUGAUAACUAUCGCCGAAGUGAAAAUUAUCAUCUCCCUCCUUCCUUGCGACCGACUCUCACCCAAAGGACUGUGCAGCAUAGCGGUGUUAUUGAUGGGCUUAUUUUCCCCCCGAUGCGAGACCGUGCGAUUUUGCUCUCAGGUCGGUUCGACUUGGCCGAGUGUUUCGCCGACCUGAUGCGCGCGGUAAUCAUACAUGGCGACGACGUUCUUGCACACGCAAACUGGGAGAUUGGUCUCAACUGGUUAAAGCGGUAUCAUUUCCUUGUUGACGAGACCAUCUUGAAUGAGUCGAUCAACCCUUGGAGACGCAAGCGGGGGGAGCGCGAACUCACCAUGCAGGACAUCCAACCCCCAACGUCGGAAUAUUCCGAGCCCAACAAAUGA